AUGAGCGAAAUUGAACUCAUUGGAUUUGAGGGCCGGCCUGUUCGCAUCAACACUGGCCUUUUUAUAAACAAUGAGUUUCAGCUAGCAACGGGAGGAUCACAGCUCGAAGUUGAGAAUCCCACCACAGGCAGUCUCCUUGCAUCCGUGUCAGCCGCACAACGAGAAGAUGUCGAUGCCGCCGUGAGUGCAGCCAAGGCAGCCUUUCAGGGUCCGUGGGCGACCCUGACUCCUGCCCGCAGGGGCCAGUUGCUGAACCGGCUCGCCGACCUGAUCGAGCGGGAUGCGGAUGACCUUGCCAGCCUCGAGGCUCUGGACGCUGGUGUCUUGUUCGGGGAGUCCAAAGGCCUCCAUAUCCCCCAGGCUACAGAGACACUCAGGUACUUUGCCGGAUGGGCAGACAAGAUCGCCGGCCAGUUGUUGAGUAUCCCACAAGGAUAUGCGUACACUCGGAGAGAGCCGCUCGGGGUGUGCGCUGCCGUUGUGCCUUGGAACGCGCCACUAAUGAUUACUAUCUGGAAGCUGGCUCCCGCCAUCGCAGCAGGUAACGCAUUGAUUAUCAAGACACCAGAGCUCGCACCUCUGUAUGCGCAGAAACUUGCUAGUCUCGUAAAAGAAGCAGGAUUCCCACCCAGCGUCAUUGCUAUCCUUUGCGGACACGGCGCAGUUGCCGGUCAGGCGCUGGCCGAGCACCCCGGGGUCAAGAAGAUUGCAUUCACGGGAAGCGCCCCCGUCGGCAGGGGGAUAUUGCGAGCUGCAGCUGGUUCGAAUCUCAAGAAGGUGACCUUGGAACUAGGCGGCAAGAGCCCCUCGAUCGUGUUCUCUGAUGCUGAGCUGGGCAAUGCCUUAUUCUGGACCACUUUGGGAUUCACGGCCAACAAUGGACAGGUUUGCGCAGCUGGGUCGCGCAUCUACGUCCAUGAAAAUAUCUACGAUAAGUUCCUCCUCGCCUUCGCCGAGAAGUUGGCCCACACCACCCCCGGAGACCCUCUGUCAGGACAAACAACCAAAGGUCCCGUUAUCAGCCAAAGGCAGAGGGAAAAGAUUACCGAAUACAUCCGCCAUGCAAAGGAAUCUGGUAUCCGCUUAUUGGCUGGAGGAGAUGAGAUUCCCGGCAAGGGCAACUUUGUUCCCAAUGCUGCGUUCGCCGAUGUCCCUGAUGAUGCGCGCAUCAUGCAAGAGGAGAUAUUUGGUCCUGUAGCUUCCAUUGCAAAGUUUCAUACCGAAGCCGAAGUCAUUGAGAAGGCUAAUGCCACUGAAUUCGGACUUAGUGCUGCCGUGUUCACGAACGACGUUAACCGGGCACAGCGUGUUUCUGAAGCUCUGGAAUGUGGCCAGGUCACAAUUAACUGUUGGGGGAUGUUGCAUGCCAAUACUCCAUUUGGGGGAGUUAAGCAAUCUGGAUUCGGCCGUGAUAUGGGCGAAGAGGCAUUGGAAGCGUGGAUGUCGACGAAAACUGUCAAGUACUUCACUCUACCAACAGCUGAUGACAAGUAG